CUGCCUUCCUUCCCUAGUCUCUGGGAAGGAGAAGAACACACAGCAGACACAUCCAUCUGAUCUGCUUAGUUUAGUUAUCGUGCUUUGUACCCGUGAUCAGGAUGGCAGAUGGGCUCUUCUCCAUGGCUCACCCGUGGGCCUCCGCCUUUGGCAUCCUAGGCAACAUCAUAUCCUUCCUGGUGUUCCUCGCACCCACGCCGACGUUCCUGCGGGUGUACCGGAAGAAGUCGACGGAGGGGUUCAGCGCGGUGCCGUACGUGGUGGCGCUCUUCAGCUGCAUGCUGUGGAUCUUCUACGCGCUGGUCAAGACCAACUCCAGCCCGCUGCUCACCAUCAACGCCUUCGGCUGCGUCGUCGAGGGCUUCUACAUCCUGCUCUACGUGGUGUACGCGCCCAGGGCCGCCAGGCACCGCGCCCUCGCCUUCUUCCUCCUCCUCGACGUCGCCGCCUUCGCCCUCAUCGUCUCCGUCACCGUGCUCCUCGUGCCCCAGCCCAGCCGCGCCAAGGUCCUCGGCAGCGUCUGCCUCGCCUUCUCCAUGGCCGUCUUCGUCGCCCCGCUCAGCGUCAUCUUCGUGGUGAUCAAGACCAAGAGCGCCGAGUACAUGCCCUUCUCGCUCUCCUUCUUCCUCACCCUCAGCGCCGUCGCCUGGUUCUUCUACGGCCUCUUCACCAAGGACAUCUACGUCACCCUCCCGAACGUGGGCGGCUUCUUCUUCGGGGUGGCCCAGAUGACGCUCUACUUCUGCUACCGCAAGCCGGACACGUCGGCCCUGGUCCUGCCGACGGGGAUCCACGACGUGUCCACGGAGACGGCGGCGCAGCAGGAGGUGGAGCUCCCGGAGGGCACCCACCCGGCGGUGGCCAUGCUGACGGUGAGCACGCUGCCGAUGCUGGCGGAGUUGCAGAAGAUGGAGCAGGAGAUCAGCUCGCCCACCCCGCGCAAGGGCUACAUCAAGGCAUUCUGAUCCGAUCCACGACCCAUGCGUACGUACGUGCGUGGAGCUACCUGCUGCUUCACGCGCUUGGCUCACCAUGGAUGCUUAAUUAGCGAUGAAUCGCUAACGAUUUGCGAACCGACCGCCAGCAGAGAUACGUUUAUAUAGUUCUUAAUUUCAGUCGUUCGUUUGUAAUGGUCUGUAGUAGUGGCACAUCCGUGUGUUGUCGUCCAAGGGUCUGAUAUGCCGGCCGGCCGGGCAAUUAACUGAUCUACCAUUCCACGUGCCCUGGGAAAUAAAGUUAUAAACAGAAGCUCGUGUUCCUUGUUGAUUCA